GGGAAGCAGCAACAGCACAGCUCCACUGUCCUGGGACCGGGCCCUGAGGAGUUUUGUUCGGUGGAGGACUGACCUGGCGAUCGCCGCGGGGGGUUAUCUGCGCUAGCUUCGGGGGAAUGCUCUGACGGGAACGUCGUCCACCUCCGGGUUUUCCUGGUUUUCCAGAGGGGGGAGCCACAGCAGAGUCCCAGCUGGAUGAUGUGUCAGCAGGAAGAAUCUACACUUCUCCCUUUCCACCUCUGCUGCUACCAGUAGAAAGAGUAGCUGAGCCCAUCAGCGUACAGUGAUGACCGCCAUCUUUCCACUUCAGGGCUAAGACGGGACAUACGGUCAUUCUGCUGGACUAUGAUUCUAAAAGAUGACUUUGGUGCUGUUGCCUGGACUUGGCGAAAUGGGAAUUAUCUGCUCCUCCUCGUGUCCCUCAUAGCCACUCAAGGGAAAGGCGAUCUGGAAUAUCCCAAAGAUAAACACUACACAUGGAAAACAGGCCAGUGGAGUAGGUGUAUGGGGGAGAGCUGUGGACCGGGCGGGGUUCAGACCAGGAUGGUCUGGUGCGUGCACACGGAGGGCUGGACCACGCACCACUCCAACUGCCACCACGGCGACAAGCCGGAGAGCCAGCGGCAGUGCUUCCGGGUGUGCGAGUGGCACCAGGAGCUGUUCCAGUGGGAGGUGUCUGAAUGGGGCUCGUGCGUGCUCGUGCCCCAGCUGUCCAACGAACUGAGGGCGCGGCCGGCCGAGUGCGUGACCGCCCAGCACGGCAUCCAGAACCGCGCGGUCCGCUGCGUGCGGCGGUCCAACCGCACGGCCGUCACCGAACACAUCUGCGACUACUUCUCCCAGAGGCCCUCGUCCGAGCAGGCCUGCCUGGUGCCCUGCCCCCACGCCUGCGUGGUGUCCGCCUUCUCCGCCUGGUCCCUCUGCAGCCGGACCUGCGGCUCCGGGCUCCAGCACCGGACCCGGGCGAUGCUGGCGGCCCCCGUGUACGGAGGGGCCCACUGCCCCAACCUCACCCAGAUACGGACCUGCCAGAGCCCCCCGGCGCCCUGCCCCCCGGGCGAGGACCAGCACCGGUACAGCCUUAAGGUGGGGCCCUGGAGCGAGUGCCGCAUGCCCCACUCCAAGGACGCGUGGCUGGGGGGGAGGACCACGCUGGACUUUAGCGUCGACGUGGCCGGGCGUAAGAACGCGGUCAAGCGCCACACCCUGACCGCCCACCACCAGCACGGCCACGACCCCAAAACGCCCGACGUGGAGGUCGGCUACCAGACCAGGCAGGUUCGCUGUACCAGGACCGACGGAAAGAACGCCAUGCUGAGCCUUUGUAUCCAUGACGAUGCCCCGGUUACGUUUCAGUCCUGUGUGAUGCCCAGAGACUGUGAGGUAUCUGAUUGGUCAGUGUGGAGCCCCUGUUCUAAGACCUGCCAAGCGGCGGACCUGUCGCCAGGUUACCGCAUGAGGACCCGGGGUCUGAAGCAGAUUCCUAUUGGUGGAGGCCGAGAGUGCCCCGCUCUUGAAGAGAAAGAGGCUUGCAACAUUGUUGGAGACUUACUCCCCAAGUGUCCAAGGUAUGUGUGGAAGAGCACAGACUGGGGCGAAUGCCAAGUGGCCCCGCUCCUGAACCAGCAGUAUCGACGUUACAACAACCUGAGUGCUCUGUGCGGAGGGGGGGUCCAGACCCGAGAUAUCUACUGCAUACAGGUCCCGGACGAAAGCGCCAGACAUCACACCAAACAGGUGUCCCGGCCGGUAAGUGGACGUCUGUGUGCGGGAGACAUCCCCUCCGCAGUGCAGCCGUGCUACAUUCCCUGUCCCGAGCCCUGCCUGCUCUCCCAUUGGUCGGCCUGGGGGCCCUGUCUCCACGACAACUGCAUGGAGCCACAGGGGAGGAAAGGGUUCCAACAGAGAGCGCGACAGGUGGUUCGGGACCCUGCCGGAGGGUCAGAGGGCUGCCCGCACCUCUCUGAAUCCAUCCCGUGUGAGGACCCCGUCUGCUUCCUGUGGGAUGUGCAGCCGGCGGGCCCCUGUGUGCCCAGAGAAGGGACUUGUGGCCCUGGGACCCAAGAACAGAGCAUGGUCUGCACUGACACUCAAGGUGAGGUGGUGAGCAGUGACCUUUGUCCGGAUGUCCCUGCCCCCAAGCAGGUGCCCUGUCACCUGUCCUGUCCCAGAGACUGUGUGACCAGCUCCUGGUCCAACUGGUCCCCCUGUUCCCACUCCUGCACGACCAAAACCUCUGAGGGCAGGCAGAGUCGAACCCGCACCAUCCUGGCCCUCCCUGGAGAAGGGGGUGAAGCGUGUCCUGCAGCCACUGGCCUGGAGGAGUGGAGAUCCUGUAAUGACCAUCCCUGCAUCACGUUCCACUGGGAGACCUCGCCCUGGGGCGCCUGCGUGGAAGACCCCACCAUCUCCUCAUUAAACGGCACCCUCAGCUGGACCAAGGAGCCUGCCUGCACGGUGGGGGUCCAGACACGCAAAGUCUCCUGUGUGAAGACCAACGUUGGACAGGUGGUCCCAAAGAGGUGCCCGGAUUCGUCUCGGCCAGACUCCGUUCGACCCUGCUUGCUUCCCUGCAAGAAAGACUGCAUUGUGACUCCUUUCAGCGAAUGGACACUUUGUCCUGUUGCCUGCCAACCAGCCAACUCAACUCCAGCCGCCCAAUCACGAUACAGAAUCAUCAUCCAGAGAUCAGCCAAUGAUGGACAAGAAUGUCCAGACACCCUUUACGAAGAAAGAGAAUGCGAGGCUCUCCCCGUUUGUCCAACCUACAGGUGGAAGACGCACAGAUGGUCUCAGUGCGUGCUGGUGCCUGGCUCAGUCAGACAGGGUCUGGCGGGUCCUGGAGAGCCCUGUGGCAGAGGUCUUGAGACACGAGGUGUGACGUGUGUGGCGGAGGACGAGGCCCCGGCAGACGUGGCGGAGUGCCGGAGGUGGGCGGGCGCCAUGCCGGCGCGGGUGCGGCAGUGCCAGGUGCCCUGUAAGGACGACUGCACCCUCAGCAGCUGGUCCAGGUUCAGCGACUGCUCUGAGUGCGGAGGCCGGCACAGCCGUAGACGCACCCUCACAGGCCGCAGUAAGAAAAGAGAGAAGUGCCACCAGGCAGAGCUGUAUCCAUUGCUGCAGACAGAGGCCUGUCCCUGCCUGGAGUUCCUCUCCCAGCCCUACGGGAACUGGUCAGACUGCAUCCUGCCCGAGACCAGGCCCCAGAGCCCCCUGCAGGCCUGGAGGACCCACAGGGACGUGAAGCAGUGCGGGCAGGGACUGCGAUACCGAGCCGUGGCCUGCAAGGACCAGGAGGGCCGGCUGGUGGACCCCACCCUCUGCACCAGCACAGGCUAUGUGGAGGAGGUGUGCCACGUCCCCUGCCCCCUGGACUGCCGGCUGAGUGACUGGUCCCCCUGGUCGCCCUGCAGUGCCUCUUGCGGCGGAGGGCUGAAGUUCAGGUCCAAGUGGCUGAGGGAGAAACCCUUCAACGGUGGGAGGCCCUGCCCCAAACUGGACCUGAAGAACCAGGUGUCAGAGGCAGUGCUGUGCUACAGCGAGUGCAGUCGGUUCGUCUGGGUGACGGAGCCCUGGUCCGUGUGUGCCAUAAACACCGUGGACAAGCCACCGGCCUGCGGGGAGGGGGUGCAGAGCCGCAAAGUCCGAUGUGUGAAGGUCAGCGGAGAGGGCCCGGGGGAAGGCCUGGACGACAGCCUCUGUGACCCGGAAGAGAUGCCCUUCAGAGCUCAGACCUGCUUCCUGCCCUGCCCGGACCACUGCGUGAUGUCACCGUGGGGCCAGUGGAGUUCCUGUCCUCUCCCCUGUGACCACAGCACAGUACGGAAGAGGCAGAGGCAGAUACUGCGCCCGCCUGAGACUGGGAAAACCUGCCCAGAGGACAUUCAGACAGAGAACUGCAUUCUCAACAGCACCUGCUUCUCCUACCAGUACAACCUGUCAGACUGGAGCACUUGUCGGCUGAGCGAGAAUGCUAUCUGCGGAAGGGGAAUGAGGACGCGUCUUCUAGACUGCGUACGCAGCGAUGGAAAGGUUGUGGAGCUGAGCGUGUGUAAGGAGUUGGACUUGGAGAAGCAGUGGAAGUUGAGUCUCCAUUGUGUGGUGGCCUGUCCUGUGAGCUGCCUCCUCUCAGAAUGGUCAUCAUGGACCGAGUGCUCACACACGUGUGGUAACCAAGGUCACAUGCUGCGCUCACGGCGCGUGCUGCAGCCGGCCCAGGAGGAGGGAAGGCCGUGUCCGUCCCAGCUCUCUCAGAUCAAGCCCUGUCCCAUAAGGCCCUGCUACAGAUGGGUGCUGGGCGACUGGUCCCCCUGCCGUGUGGAGGGGGCUGAGUGUGGAGAAGGUGUUCGAGAGAGGAACCUGACCUGCGUGGUGGAGCCAGGUGGCCCAGCAGACCUCUCUCCACCCAAAGCAGCGGAGGAGGGGAAGUGUGAGGAUAAUCUGAGGAAGAUGAGCGGACACGACCUGCGCCUGCCCUGCUCCGUGCCCUGCUCAGGAGACUGCCACCUGACUGACUGGUCGUCAUGGAGCUCGUGUCAGCUGACCUGUCUGGAUGGGCGGAGCUUUGAGACCACAGGGCGACAGGCUCGCUCGAGGGCCGUGGUCAUUCAGGUCCUGGAGAACCAGGACAACUGCCCACAGCAGGCUUUUGAGACGCGGCCUUGCAAAGGAGGGAAAUGCCACAGCUACGAGUGGAAAGCCAGCAGCUGGACGGACAAUGAGAGAUCUGUGUGGUGCCAGCGCUCAGACGGGGUCAAUGUCACAGGGGGCUGCUUUCUACAGAACAUGCCUGUUACCACCAGACAUUGCUACCCACCCUGUACCAAACCGUUCUCCUACUGUACACAGAGUGGUGUGUGUGGGUGUGAGAGAGGGUAUACAGAGGUGAUGACCACACACGGGUUCCUGGACUACUGCACCAAGACCCCAGGAGGUGACAACAAGAAGGCUGACGUGAAGACCAGCUCGGGCAGGCUCAAACCCGGAACCUCCCAGAUCCACAACUUCUUCAGGGAGUGGUCCCUUCAGCCGGUGGGACCAGAUGGCAGAGUGAAGCUGUGGGUCUAUGGGGUGACCGCUGUGGGAUUCAUCCUGAUCGUCUUCAUCAUCACACUGACGUUCAUGUUGUGGAAAAACCCCAAGCAGAACGCAGGCUCCACUCCACCCCAGAAGCCUCUCACUCUCGCGUACGAUGGUGACGUAGACAUGUGACGGCACGUAAACCGCGUUGUUCGUGUGAAAACUUGGAUUUGAAAUGCCGCAGAAACUGUGGCCAAACCCACCACGCUGUGGUAGAGGAUGCCUGCCCAUGGAAACAUAUGCAACUUUUCAAAGACAGACCAGAAUUCUUCCCGGAAUGGUUAUUUUGAAAAGAUGCUUCCUCAAUGGAUUUUCCAAGCAGAGAAGACUGGUUCUUUCCGUAAACACCUGCAUCGGGAGUGCAUAGAGAUUUGUGUACGAGAACACAAGGGCAGUUUUGUUUGGUUUUUUCUCAAUCUUGGCAAGUGGUAUUCCUUGGACAUACCUGAAUGGAAUACAUUUGCCUUACAGCAGUUUUAUUUACUUAUUUUUUUAAAUAAAGAAAAAUGGGGAGGUUACUCAAAGCUCCACAGCCAUCAGCGGCUGUCUGUAAGUCCUCUGUGUAUGAAGAAAUACUUUUCAGUUAAUGUAGAAAAAGCCACUAUGCACUACGUUAGUGCUAAUUAUUUUUGUUUGCUUUACAGGUCAAAGUGUUUUUCUAGUGUUUACAUUGUAAUGCAAGAAUGUAUGCCGUGACAUUGUGUGUUUUUUUGUUUUUUUCGAUAACAUUACAGGACUGUACUUCUGCUGAUUUGCAAUAUGCCGAACUAGGUUUACCAGUGUUGUGUAAAGAGACAUAAAUGGCGUGUCACUGUUCUUGCAGGACUUGCUUGGUUAUUCAAUACAUUUUAAACCAUUACCAUGAAAAUGGACUCAACUAUUUUAAUAAUGUAAAAAAUUUCAGAUGAACACUCCGCUACUAUAAAUGAACAAAUGAAAGAUUUUUAAAAAAAUAUUUAUUUAUGUAUUGUAUGUAUAUUUAUUUUAUAUAUUGUUUAUUAUGUUUUUUCUUUCAUUUCUUUGCUUUAUUUUUUACCCGAAGUUGAACGUUUUUAAAAGGGCACAUUUCCAUUAUCUCUGAAACGACCAUAAACACAGUGACACUCUGUGUCCAUGGCAACUCAUUUUUCUGUCGCGUAAAUGCCCCAUGUGCGUAUAUAUCACUGCCACCUCCAGUCCAGUUACAACCAUUAGUAUGUUCCAGACACUGAGAGCCCUCUUCCUAUAACUCCAUUAAAGCUCCAAACUCAACAUUUGUCUUUAGAUCAAAAAAUAUAUUAGGCACGCUGCCUUUGUCAGUGAAAUGGUGUUGUUAAAUUUAGUAUUUGUAUGUUCCUUCCACAGUUCGACCUAGGCCUCUCUGUCCAAAGGUGGUGUUUUACACCCCUGCAUUAAACUUUGUGUUGCCAUCUGCAGUGGUAAUCUGAGCCGUGAUUGGCUCCUGGAACUGCCGCCAGAUUUCUUCCUGCUUAAUGAAUUCUGCUUUCAGGGGUCCAUUAGGGUGACUCAUAUUCCAGGAAUAUAAUCAGUAUCCCGAUAAAUAUCAGAUCUUGAAUUCUACCCAAGGAAGAUAUGUAUAGAGGAGCAUUCGUGAUUAAUUAAUUAAUUCAUUGACAGACCAUAAAAUUCCGUCCUGAGGUUGUAAUUCUCCUAAACGUGUCGGCCAUUUCGGUGCAAGCAAUGCUGCUUUUUUUGAUUGUCUUAAGGGUGGAUAAUGUUCUACAACACGCACAAGAGAAAGAUUGAAGUCUCUCAAACAUGGAAUGUAUUUUUUGAAAAUUAUUAUUUGUGUUACUUGUGAAAGGCGCGAUAUUAUGAUUUUGUUUUCAUGGUAAAACAAGGUAAUGGGCAUACUUAUUUGAACUAUGAGCUGUACAGUAGGUAUCCAUGCAUGCAAGAUCAGCCUCUACUUCGAACAUCCAUUCUCCCCAAAGUGACCUUUGCUUUGCUAUUUGUUUUGAUGUCUGUCUGUAGCAUUUCAAACUAAGUAAACUUUAUUGACUUUGA